UACUCUAGCUAAGCGAGGCAUAAAAUAUAAAGAUUGAGCCCAUUCUCGUUUAUCUUCGCGUGAGAAGGCGUAAAAUUUCACCACUUAAGAUUUCGGGAUAUCUAGUACGUUAUUGGCUCAACUUUGAGGGCCCUUUCCAAUGGUGCUUGGUACAGAAGCCAAGCCCCAUUCGUGGCCCUAUAUUGUGUCUUUGAAUGUGGAUGACAACCACAUCUGUGCUGGAAGCAUAUUGAACGAAGAAUGGAUCCUGACUGCUGCCCAUUGCUUGGAUGGAGCUGUCUCCGUGGAGGUCACUGCUGGAGCCCACAAUCAAGCCGAUUUCACCGAGUCCACCCAGGUCAGGAUCACCUCAACGGAUUUGACGGUUAAUAGGGACUAUGAUGAUGUAAACAUCAUUUCCGACACAGGUCUCAUUCGAUUGCCCGAAAAGCUGGACCUCAGUGGCCCUAAUAUCAAGGCUGUUGUCAUGGCGUCUGCGGAUCCUUUGGCCAACGAAAUCGUCACGUCCGUUGGUUGGGGAUUGACUGAAGACUUUGGCACUGUUUCAGCCACACUAAACCAAGUCGAUGUUCCUGUCCUGGAUUAUGAUGAAUGUCUGGCUGCAUGGGACAAUAUCUUGGAUCCUAAGCAAUUGUGUAUCAAUGCCGAAGGAGGCAAGGGAACUUGUGGGGGCGAUUCUGGUGGUCCCACCAUGUUCAACAACCAACAAGUCGGAAUCACUUCAUUCGGAGGCUCAUCGUGCGGGUCAGGAGAGCCCGCUGGUUUGGUUUCUGUUGCUCAAUACAAAGACUGGAUUUGCGCCAACACCGAAGGCCUUGACGAUUGCUGAUGAUACUUAUUAAACUUGCCUCAACCUCAAACGGCGGACCUCGAACCCAAAAUGGGACAUACCAAAAUAUAUUGAAAAACUCUGUCAAAUAAUAAUCCAAUGAGAUUGAAACUCGCAAUAAAGAUUUUAAA